CCUGCUCACAGGCCUCCUGUUUCUCUUUCCAUCCAUUAGGCAAUACUGAGUGCUCCACAACGCGCGAGGUCUCCUAGCAACCUUCCUGAGGAAUUCUGCCUGGCCCCGAUUAGAAAACUGGAGCCGAGGCCCCGAGAUUGAUGAGUUUGCCUUGGGAGACGGUGAGAAGGUGAAGCCGAGGUAGAUAUGGGUCAGAAGGUCACCGGAGGAAUCAAGACGGUGGACAUGCGGGACCCCACAUACCGCCCCCUGAAGCAGGAGCUCCAGGGGCUGGAUUACUGCAAGCCCACCCGACUGGACCUGCUGCUGGACAUGCCCCCCGUGUCCCACGACAUACAGCUGCUCCACUCGUGGAACAACAACGACCGCUCGCUCAACGUCUUCGUGAAGGAGGACGACAAGCUGAUCUUCCACCGGCACCCGGUGGCCCAGAGCACGGACGCUAUCAGGGGCAAAGUGGGGUACACGCGCGGGCUGCACGUGUGGCAGAUCACGUGGGCCAUGAGGCAACGAGGCACGCAUGCGGUGGUGGGCGUGGCCACGGCCGACGCCCCCUUACACUCCGUGGGGUACACGACCCUUGUGGGCAAUAACCAUGAGUCCUGGGGCUGGGACUUGGGGCGCAACCGGCUCUACCACGAUGGCAAGAACCAGCCAAGCAAAACAUACCCGGCCUUCCUGGAGCCAGAUGAGACGUUCAUCGUGCCCGACUCCUUCCUCGUGGCCCUGGACAUGGACGAUGGGACCCUGAGCUUCAUUGUGGAUGGACAGUACAUGGGCGUGGCUUUCCGUGGACUCAAAGGCAAAAAACUGUAUCCUGUAGUCAGCGCCGUCUGGGGCCACUGCGAGAUCCGCAUGCGCUACUUGAAUGGACUCGAUCCGGAGCCCCUGCCGCUCAUGGACCUCUGCCGACGCUCCGUGCGCCUGGCCCUGGGGAAGGAGCGCCUGGGCGCCAUCCCCACACUGCCGUUGCCUGCCUCCCUCAAGGCCUACCUCCUCUACCAGUGACGCGCCCCAGG